AUGCACACGUCAACCUUCCUAAAGACGGCCUUAGUGCUGGCCAGCAGCUACUCUGUCAAUGCUGACAUAACGACUACAAUCGACCCCAAGAGCAAUUGGGGUACGUGGGAAGGUUGGGGAACGUCGCUGGCAUGGUGGGCGCAGCAGUUUGGCAACAGAGAUGACCUCGCGGAUGUAUUCUUCACGCUGAAGCAAACAAAGUUCAACGGCCAGACUCUGCCAGGACUUGGCUUUAACAUAGUACGCUACAACGCCGGUGCGUGUAGCUGGAAUACCAUCGAUGGAGAGAAGAUGGUGGUAUCACCAAACGUGAAGAGAUCGAGGCAGAUGGAAGGCUACUGGGUAGACUGGAAGAGUAAUGAUUCGACCUCCUCAAGCUGGGACUGGUCCGUUGAUGUCAACCAGCGAGCAAUGCUUCAGAAAGCAAUCGCACGUGGAGCAGAUAGAACAGAACUGUUCAGCAACGCGCCGAUGUGGUGGAUGGCAAAGAACCACAACCCUUCAGGUGCAGCGGACGGGAGCGAAAACAUCCAGUCUUGGAACCUGGAGCAGCAUGCAUUAUACAUGGCGACGGUCGCGAAGCAUUUCAAGGACAACUGGGGAGUUGAGUUUGAGACCGUGGAUCCGUUCAACGAGCCAAGCGCCAACUGGUGGAAGGCAGACGGUACGCAAGAAGGAUGCCACAUCGAUGUUUCCACCCAAGCCAAGAUUGUCGGGUACCUCGAUACACAUCUCGCGAGCCGUGGCCUAUCAACGAAGAUUGCGGCCUCGGAUGAGUCGUACUACGACCAAGCUGCUACCACAUUGAAGACCAUUGGCAGCAGCGCACUCAGCAAGAUCGCCCGCAUCAACGUGCACGGCUACCAAUAUGGAAGCGGUGAUCGCGCUGGUGUCCACACACUGGCCUCGCAGGCUGGCAAGCCUCUCUGGAACAGCGAAUACGGUGACGGCGUGGCUUCUGGCGAAAACAUGGCAAAAUACCUCUUGCAGGAUCUCCGCACGCUGAAGCCUACGGCAUGGGAGUACUGGCAAGUCCUCGAUCAAGGAGGUUGGGGACUCAUCGAUGCGGACAACGAUGCCAAAACACUCGGUUCAUCGACACAGAAGUACUACGUGCUUGCGCAGUUUGCACGACACAUGCGCCCGGGAAUGCGGAUCCUUGAUGGUGGCCGAGACAAUGUCGUUGCUGCCUAUGACGCGAGCAAGUCAUUAUUGGUUAUCGUUGCCGUCAACUGGGAUGCAGCGCAGUACCUGAACUUCGAAUUGUCGGGCUUCUCGGGACGUCCUUCAUCAGGCGCAACCGUGUCGAGGUGGAGCACCCAGAUCGGCAGCGGCGAUCGGUAUGUGCAGCAUCUCGACACUACGAUCAGCGGAACAAAGUUCUGGUCGAAGUUUGAGAAGAACAUGGUGCAGACUUUCGAGGUAACGGGGAUCAAGUUGUAG